ACUUCUAUACUCAGCAGGGUACCUACAUUAGCUCCCAGUCUCCUUGUGGGUUAGCAGUACUUCCUUAACCAGUAUCACUGUGCAGGUCAUGCUGUAGCACAAAUACCAUCCCUAUACACAAUUGGUUGCAUAUAUGAGCCCUUGAGAUGCUAGUAGGGAUGUUGGAACAAAGAUUUAUAUUUUCUCCUCUGAGCAAGGAAUGUUCUUUAUAUUCCUUUUUAGAACCAUGUCUACGGAGGAUGACUCCAAGUGGUUGGAAUGGGUGACCAAGCAGUUUGAGAACAUUGCUGGGGAAGAUAAAGAAAUUGACCUGGAAGAAUUUAAGACAGCCCUUAAAGUUAAAGAGUCUUUUUUUGCAGAGCGUUUCUUUGCCCUGUUUGAUUCUGAUGGGAGCGGCUCAAUCAGUCUGGAUGAACUGCUGAAGGCUCUGAACCUCCUGAUACAUGGGAAUGAAACAGACAAACUCAGAUUCCUCUUCCAAGUUUAUGAUGUAGACGGGAGCGGUUCCAUCGACCCAAAUGAGCUACAUACAGUUCUGAAAUCCUGCCUACUGGAGAGCGCAAUCUCGCUGCCUGAAGAGAAGCUGGAUGACCUGACAUUGGUGCUGUUUGAGUCUGCUGACAAAGACCAUAGUGGGUCCAUCACAUUCCAGGAGCUGAAGGAAGAGCUAGAGCGCUUCCCAGAAGUCAUGGAGAACUUAACUAUAAGCGCUGCUAACUGGCUGAAGCCUCCUGCUGUCCACAAGACAAACCACACACCUCGCUACCUGACAAAAACCUACUGGCACAACAACCGCAGUAAACUGCUCUUCAUGUGCUGCUACUGGUGCCUUAACGUCAUGCUCUUUGCCCUAGCAGCAGUCAAUCACGCCAAUCUUGGAGGGUGGAUCAUGGUAGCCAAGGGUUGUGGUCAGUGCUUGAAUUUCAACUGCACUUUCAUUGUGGUGCUGAUGCUGCGUCGGUGUCUGACAUGGCUGCGCACUACCUGUGUUGUACGUUUCCUACCACUGGAUCAGAAUGUCAUUCUGCAUGAGCUGAUUGGAUAUGUUAUCUUUCUUCUAACAGUCGUUCACACAGCAGCUCACGUUAUUAAUUUUAUAAAUCUCACUGAGAAGACUGGUGCAUAUAGAUUUUGGGAAUAUCUCCUUACUAUAAGGCCGGGCAUCGGCUGGAUAAGUGGUACAGCAUCCAUUACUGGGAUUCUUCUGCAGCUCCUCAUCUGUCUGAUGUUGCUGUUUUCCAGUACCUUUGUACGCAAAGGGGGCUACUUUGAGGUGUUCUACUGGACUCAUCUGUCCUACAUUUGGAUUUGGAUUCUCUUAUUUCUCCAUACACCAAAAUUCUGGAAGUGGUUUUUGGUCCCUGGGCUUCUGUUCCUCCUAGAGAAGCUGUUUGGGGCAGCCGUGUCACGUACUGGGGAUGUGUACAUUUCAGAGGUUAAUUUGCUGCCAUCUAAGGUGACACAUCUUGUCAUUAAGAGACCACCAUCUUUCCAGUUCAAGCCAGGUGACUACAUAUACUUGAACAUACCAGUAAUUGCCAAGUAUGAGUGGCACCCGUUCACCAUCAGCAGUGCCCCAGAACAGGCAGACACAAUCUGGCUGCACAUCCGUUCCUUGGGACAAUGGACAAACAAAUUAUAUGAAUAUUUUCAUCGCCCACAAACUGUUCAUAGACAUGAGACAAAAAGACAGACCCUCGCUCUGAAGAAUGGACAACACCUCAGUCAGGAGCAUCUUUUCAGCUCAAGCCAUAUUUGUGAGGCAGUUGCAAGCAAUGAUGAUGAUCAGAUUGAGUUGACUUCUUACCGACCUUGUAGAAGCCCCCAGGGGGAGGAAGUACGUGUAAGUUUGGAUGGAACAGGAAGUGUUCAAGGCCAAGAGGUAUGGAAAAAAAUAAAACAUUUAGGCAAUCAAUACUGGGAAGGGUACAUACUGCCCACAAUAAGGCAGAGGUCUUUUAACACAAAGAUAUGUGAACUACUUCUGGUUAGUUACGAUUUUUUAAGUCAAGUAGGGCUUAAAAUAUCCCGCUUGGACAUUAUCCUAAUUUGCUGUAAGGAUAGUGACAACCAAAGAUUAUGCAACAUUAAGUGUUACAUUGAUGGACCCUAUGGAACACCAACUCGUCGGAUCUUCACAUCAGACCACGCGGUGCUGAUCGGAGCAGGCAUUGGGAUUACUCCAUUUGCAUCAAUUCUACAGAGCAUCAUGUACAGAUAUCGCAUGAGAAAACAGAACUGUCCCAGCUGCCACUAUUCUUGGUGUGAGACCCUUAAGGAAAACGAAAUGAACCUGAGGAAGGUGGACUUCAUUUGGAUCAACCGAGACCAGAAGUUCUUUGAGUGGUUUGUGAGCCUGCUAACUAAGCUUGAGCUGGACCAGGCUGACGAGGAACCAGAUGGCCGUUUCCUGGAGAUGCACAUGUAUAUGACAUCGGCACUCGGCAAGAAUGACAUGAAAGCCAUUGGCCUGCAGAUGGCAUUAGACCUUCUGGCACAGAAAGAGAAAAGAGACUCCAUAACUGGACUAAAAACAAGGACACAACCAGGACGUCCAGACUGGAACAAGGUAUUCCAGAAAAUUGAGCAGGAGAAUAAAGGCAAAGUGCAGGUGUUCUUCUGUGGGUCUCCAGUGCUGGCCAAGGUUAUCAAGGCUCAUUGUGAGAAAUUCAACUUCAAGUUAUUCAAGGAAAACUUUUAACAAACAGCCUCUGUUUAGCGAUAAAAUAAUGUAUACUUCUGUGAUUCAAAGGAAGAAAAAAAUGAAAGGAAAAAAAAUCUGUAAGUCAUUAUCUACUGGACUGCUACUAUGGCAUGGUAUGGAGGGAUAAAAACAUAUAUUGAUAAUAUAGUGUUAUAUAUAAUAUAGUUUUUUUUGCUCUAGCUUGCAGUGUUUUGUUUGUUACAUACGUAUGUCCAUCGGAGGCGAGAAAUUAACAGGAGCUGCAAUAAAUUUACAUAAUUAUAUUCCUUCAGUUGUGGACCAUUAUCAGAACUGAACCUGGAGGGGGCUAGCCUGAAGCCCGUGAGUUCGGGCCAACUUGCGUUCAAUGUCUUCGUGGCUGUGGGGCAGCCUAUGUCCAUUAUGCCCAC